AUACCUACAAACGCAAGGGCUCUCCUCCGAACCAUCCUUAAGAGACAUCCCAGCACUCGCCUUCUGGAAACUCGGCGCUUCCUCACCUCACUUCAUCCGCAGCCUUCCGACGUUCGUUCUCAUCUUCUCUUGGAUGGCACAGCACUUCCGGCCUCAGCGAUGACGGCACCAAACCAGCCGCGUCGCGGGCUGUCCCGCUGGCACUUCGACAUUGACAAGUACGUCAAUCCUUUCUUCCCGCCCUCGGUCCUGCCCCGGCUGCCCUCGCCCGUCGCCCACUUCCUCGGGUACCGAACCCACGCGCCAGCCCACCCGCUGGGCAACCUGGCCAUGAUCUUCUGGGCCAUCAUCGGCGUGUUCUGCAGCCUCGCGAUCAUCGGCGCCGUCGCCCAGCAGGUGCCUUCGUUCGAGAGCCGGCUGGUGCCCAUCAUCAUCGGCAGCUUCGGCGCCGCCGCAGUGCUGGACUUCUACGCCAUCGAGUCGCCCCUGGCGCAGCCGCGCAACGCCAUCCUCGGCCAGAUGGUCUCGGCGCUGAUCGGCAUCUCCAUCUGCAAGCUGUUCGCGCUGUCGCCGCACUUCGCGGCCGUCCGCUGGCUGGGCGCGUCGCUGGCCUGCGCCUGCGCGACCGCCAUGAUGGCGCUGACCGGCACCGUGCACCCCCCCGCCGGUGCCACCGCCCUCAUGGCCGUGCUCGACCCCGACGUCGCCGCCCUCGGCUGGUUCCUGUUCCUGCCUCUCCUGCUCGGUUGCAUCCUGAUGCUGGCCGUCGCCCUGCUCAUCAACAACAUCCAGCGCCGCUUCCCCUACUACUGGUGGAGCCCGGGCGAGACGGGACAGUUCUGGCGCCGCAAAGGGCCCGACACGGAGCCGGAGGCGGAGCGCGCCGAGGAGCGUGCGGGGCAGCGCCGCACGAGCUAUGAGCGCAAGGUCGACGAGGAGUCGGGCAGCAGCUCGGGCGAUCUCGAGUCGAGCGGCGAGCUGGCGAAGAUGGUGUCGGUCAUGAGCGGGAGGGAGGGCCAGAUCGUCAUCCGGCGCGGCCGCGUGAUCAUCCCGGAGGGUCUGAGCCUGAGACCGGAGGAGAUCCUGUCGCUAGAGACGCUAAGCGAGCGGCUCUGACCUUAUCAUAGAGCGCAAACAGUAGAGAUAGAGCUAAUGAUGAUACGAAGUUAUGAUUUACCACG